GUCGCGCCAGCCGGGUUACGCGAUUCUAACGCGACCGCAGCCACUCGCCUCUCUCCGCUGCCGUGCAGCACGCUGCCGCGACGCGCAGUGCUUUGCAGCGCGCUGCGGCGAACGGCGGUGCGCGCGCAUCCUGCCCGACAGCUCCGCAUUCUAUCGCAUUGGGUCCACCGGAAGUGGCGAAUGGACUACCCGUUAUGGAUCAUUGUCCUGAUGCGGAUUGCUCUCGUUCAUUUCGUGGCCGGAGAGGAAAUUCCUGUUCAGCCGACGACGACUCCUUGUGCAGACGCAAAACCAGGAGAAGAUGACCUGCAAACGUUCGACAUCAUCGAACUCUUCAAAUUGGACUUCCUGGGGUCACGUCAUCUCGGAAUUGUCAAAGUCAGGGGCAGCAAUCGACUGCAAACUGCAUUUAGAUUCGACAAAGAUGCCGACGUCACGUUACGGACGAGACAGGCUUUUCCUUCGGGUCUGCCCGAUGAGUUCAGCUUAGUGAGUACGUUUCGAACGAGAAAACUGAUGAGACCUUCCUGGCAAUUGAUCAGAAUCGAAGAUCCAAUGUCCAGACCUCAAUUUGCGAUCACGAUGAAUCCGGAUCGACAAACUUUGGAGCUGUCGAUUGUCGGGCCGAAAGAUGACGCGCAGACUGUCUCAUUUGCUGCAGCACAGAUAUUCGACAAGAAUUGGCAUAAAAUCCAAAUCGGAGUAUUCAAAGAUGGCGUCGAUUUGCAUAUCGACUGCCAUUACGCAGGCAGUCAACAUUUAGACCCACGAGGGAAGAUAAAUAUCAAUGGAAGCAUUUCGAUCUCUAAGAUCGCGAACAGCACAAUUACGGUCCCCAUCGACUUGCAGUGGAUGAUUUUAAAUUGCGACUCCACGAGGCCCGAGAGAGAAACCUGUGUCGAGUUACCUCGAAUGGCCGCGUUGCAGCCUCAAAGACGGCCAUCUUGUGAUACCGUUUGUCCCAAAGGACCUCCUGGAAUUAACGGGUCACAGGGUUUGCCUGGUCCUCGAGGACCAAUUGGAGAGCCGGGCGUUCCAGGAUAUCCUGGAGAACAAGGUCCUUCAGGUCCUCCUGGAAAACAAGGUUCUCCAGGAUUAAAAGGAUCUCCAGGCCCUCAAGGGUUCCAAGGACUCUCAGGACCAGAGGGUCCUGCAGGACCAAAAGGAGAAGCCGGAGAACGGGGAGUUCAGGGUUUCCCAGGACUCACAGGACCCCCCGGACCUCCAGGAGCCCCCGCCAAAGGAAGUGUUCUUUUUUCAAAAAUCCCCGGACCCGAAGGACCCCCUGGACCCCCCGGACAUUCAGGACAACCUGGUCGAGAUGGAUAUCCUGGCGAACCUGGCUUGAAAGGAGAAAAAGGAUCUCCCGGCGCAAAAGGAUCAUCAGGAACUCCAGGACCUCCCGGUCCUGAAGGACUUCCUGGAGUUCCUGGUAGUGUGGCUCCUAAAGAAACUACUCCUGCAGCGCCAGGACCUCCAGGUCCUGCGGGAUUUCCUGGACUUCCUGGUCUUCCUGGCGAAAGGGGACACAAAGGUGACAGGGGUGAUCCUGGUUUAACUGGAGAACGCGGAAAAAAAGGUGACCGUGGAGAGACAGGACAUCCUGGACUAAACGGUCCUCCUGGAGAACAAGGAAAAGAAGGACCGCCUGGUCCCGUGGGACAAAAAGGAACAAUUGGGUUUACAGGACUCCAAGGAUCUCAAGGAUUGCCAGGUCUUCCUGGAGGACCAGGGGGACCAGGACCUCCAGGACAACUAGGACUUCCUGGCCCAAAAGGGGAUCCUGGAGAACCUGGCCGCGAUGGUUUGGCAGCUGGAAUUGGUCAGCCAGGUCCUGCAGGACCUCCAGGAGUGGAAGGUCCUUCAGGAAAGCCUGGAAUAGAUGGACUUCCAGGAGCAAAAGGAGAUCUCGGCCAAAAGGGACCUGAUGGACCUCCAGGACUUCCAGGACCUCCAGGAUCAGAUGGACUUCCCGGUUCUGACGGACCUCGGGGACCGCCAGGAUUUCCAGGACCAGCAGGUCCUAGAGGACCAGACGGGUUCAUCGGGAAGCCAGGCAUUCCAGGACUCCUUGGAAAAUCUGGCGAAAAAGGAGAUUCUGGUCAGCAAGGGGAGCAAGGUCCUGUCGGUCCGAGAGGAUUGCCAGGGAAUAUGGGAUUGCCCGGUUUGCCUGGCCAAGCAGGUCCUCCUGGAUUUCCUGGCCUCGAAGGAAGACCAGGAUCACCGGGUCCUGCAGGUCCUCCAGGACCUCCAGGCCAGGCAGCGGAUAUGCUCAGCACGAAUAGUGUUUUUCUAGAUAAUAGUGGCAGUCCUGGAGUCAGUGGACCAAGAGGUCUUCCUGGUGCUCCAGGAAUUCCAGGAGAUCGUGGAGCCGCAGGAGACAGAGGACCGGAAGGACAAAUGGGACCUCCAGGAAUCCCCGGAAAGGAAGGACCUCCAGGACUUCCAGGUCCUCCAGGACAAAGAGGCCAGUCAGGGAUGCCAGGACUUCCUGGCAUCCCUGGAAGGACCAUCAGCGACGCAGAAAUUCGAGAUAUCUGCUCCAGCGUUCUCAGAGACCAGAUGACUGAAAUGGCCGCGCUUAUGCAAGGACCACCAGGACCUCCUGGAAGAGGUCGUCAGGGUCGUCCUGGUUCCCCAGGUCCCCAAGGUCGUCAAGGUGAUCAGGGUUCACCUGGGUUACAAGGAGAACGCGGUUUCGUAGGACUACCGGGUCCACAAGGACAUCCUGGUCCUCAGGGUCCUCCUGGAGAACCUGGGGAAAAAGGGGAGAAAGGUCCUGAAGGAGUAGGACUGGAAGGACCAAUGGGUCCCAGAGGUUUGCCAGGACCCCCUGGAAACGAUGGAAUUGGUUCUCCAGGGAGACAAGGCGAGAGAGGAGAGCCUGGUAGACCAGGUAUUCCGGGUGGGAGAGGACCUCCAGGGAUUCAAGGACCUCGAGGCUUCUGCGAGUUCUGCAAAUAUCCGGAUGUCAAUUAUCUGCUGUACAAUCGUGGAAAUGAGAAAGGACCUUAAGGAAUUUAAUUCUAGAAGACUAAUAUUCGACUCGUCCUCGUUAGCUGUAAAAUUGUUCCGAUGAUUUCGUACCAACUGAUACGAUGAUCGACAUUGCACGAAAACUGCAGCUCGCCAUUUCAUGUUUCGAUAAAAUUCUAUAAAUGAAA